AUGAAGAAUCAAACCACAACAAUAAUUCUCUUGUCACUUUUUCCCCUCAUUUUCUUCCUAACCAACAAUGUCACCGCUCAAACCACCCAAUUGAGGCCAGAUUUCUACAGGACUACGUGUCCUAACGUCGAGUCUCUCGUCCGUUCAGCCGUUCAGGCCAAGUUCCGGCAGACUUUUGUGACGGCACCCGCCACUCUCCGCCUCUUUUUCCACGAUUGCUUCGUCCGGGGAUGUGACGCGUCGAUUAUGCUGGCGUCGCCCAACGGCCAGGCAGAGAAGGACCAUCCGGACAACCUCUCGUUAGCAGGAGAUGGUUUCGACACGGUGGUUAGGGCAAAGGCGGCCGUGGAUCGUGACCCGAGGUGUCGGAAUCGGGUUUCGUGUGCAGAUAUAUUAGCAUUGGCCACUAGGGAUGUUGUCAACAUGACCGGAGGGCCGUCUUACACAGUCGAAUUGGGAAGACGAGACGGGAGAAUUUCCACUGCUUCAAGUGUCCAGCGAAGGCUUCCAGGGCCAGGCUUCAAUUUAGACCAGCUUAGUACCAUGUUUUCUAGCAAUGGUCUCACAAUCACUGAUUUGGUUGCUUUAUCAGGAGCGCACACAUUGGGCUUCUCCCACUGCAGCCGGUUCUCAAAUCGAAUCUACCCGGCCAGCAGGACCGACCCGACCCUGAACCCGCAGUACGCCGCGCAGCUGCGGCAGAUGUGCCCGGUCAACGUCGACCCGCGGGUCGCGAUCAACAUGGACCCGACCACCCCAAACACCUUCGACAACGCCUACUUCCGGAAUCUCCAGGCGGGUCGAGGCCUCUUCAGCUCCGACGAGGUGCUCUUCACGGACAACCGGACCCGGGCCACCGUCAACGCCUUCGCCGCCAGCAACGGGGCGUUUUUCGGGGCGUUCGCCCAGGCCAUGACCCGGAUGGGUCGGGUCGGGGUGCUCACCGGGACCCAGGGCGAGAUUAGGAUCGAUUGCACCCGGCCCAAUUGA